ACAACAACAAGAGUAUCAGGGUCAGCAGCGCUCACCACAUUCCUGUCUCGUUCAUUUGUUACAUUACUCCAGUGAGUGCGUUGUGGUGCUGCAUUGUUCCCAGCACACUGCCACCAAUAAUACACUUGUCACCGCGGUGGCUUCGUUCAUUCACUGGUCUCCCUUGCAUCACUGGCUUGCUACGCUGGCUGGCUGGCUGCAAGCACUGUGGUUUGUGUUCUCCCCGUGUAAGCACUGCAUUGUAUCCCAGUGCAUCGGCCUGGGUUAGUCAUUGUGGGGCCGAGCGUGUUCUGGAUAUGUACAUGUAUGCAUGAGGGAACAUUGAUGACUGACUGACUGACUGGACUGCUCUACUCACAUGUAUGUAGCACUAAAUAUUGGAAGCAGCUGAUUUUAUCGUAAUCAGUGUGAUAGUUUGUGAUUUACUGUGGACGUGUUAAGAGGCUUCUAGUUGUACUACUGUGCUUUUUUCAUUGGGGUUAUCUAUCUUCAAACAUCCUGCAUUGGAAUACUGGAAUACACUGUGGAUGCUUAUUGUGGAUUUAAUUGCUCCAGUCUCCUGGGCUUCCUGAACUGACGUCUUGUCUCUUCAAAACAUAGUACCCACCAAAUGCACCAAUGAAGAGAAAGGGAAAGAUUUCAAUCUAUGUAAAUUAUCGAUCAUACUACAAAACACUGUUUUGUCUGUAGUAUUACAAGUAUUACGUCUAUGCACGCAAUAUUUGACUGCGACUGACCAACAGUCCUGUCUUAUAAUUGAUCGCAUGCUGUUUCUGCUAAUGAUACCAUCCAGUGAUUAAUAGGACAAUCUCAGCAUCAGGAAACACCCCUUCAUCCCCAUGACCAAUAUAUUGGAACUGAUUUCUUGAUGUAUCAUUGCUACACAGAAACCAUCAUUGAAAUCAGGAUGUAGGACUUGACCCGAUGACCUUGUUUUAUUUGUAGACAUUUUGGACCUUUUGUUGUCAAACCUCAAACAGCGGAAGGGCUUAUCCAAGACUGGAAAAGAGGAUUUGUAGCAGCGUGGAUUAUGUACCUUCUGACCAAGUUCUAUUUGGCCUCUUUUCUUCUUGUGCUGACAAAAAAAGAUCAGAUAUGGUAUUUGGAAACUUAGCCAGACAGAAAUGGUAAACUUUUCAGACGUGUGAUAUUGUGGAUAUACAUGGUAUUUACAAGAUGAAUAUGCAAGGAAUGAACAGGAUGGAUGGCCGGUCAUCACACAUGCCACCAAAUGAGCUCCAUUUGGCAGCCCUGGCAUCGUUAAAAGGAGAGAUCAUUGAGCUGAGUAAUAGGUUACAGAAAGUGACGUCAGAGAGAGAUUCGUUUGAGAAGAGGCUCACAAAAGCUCAGUUGGAGAGAGCAAGGUAUUUACAAGAUAACGAUGACAAGUUGGACCAACAGGCAGUACGCUAUGAGGAGAGGAUUACCGAACUACAUAGUGUCAUUGCUGAACUUAACAAGAAGAUUGAUAGAUCACAUGGAAAUACUAUCCAGGAGGAAGAGGAGUUUUCACAUUCUGCCUCCAGUCCUCCGAGUAACAUGAGCAACAGUGGAGGAAGCUGCAAUGGAAGCAGUUGCCAUGACAGUGAUUCGGCAGCCAAUAUCGAUUCGUGCAAUGAUCUCGGAGCUGAGCUAUCCAGGGUGGUAGGGGAGUUAGAAUGUGCAAUGGAGGGGCGCAAGGUCGGGGAUGUCUUCCGCAAGCAUAUAGAAUCUGCUGAACAUGAGGUAGAGAAACUUGCUGAAGCAUCAGAAGACAUCAAACAGAGGACGUUACAGGCUGUUCAAGAGGUAGAGAGCCUAGACUUGGACAGCAUCGAGGCCCAGUCCCCUCAGAGCCAUCGGACCACACCCAAUGGUCACUUCAACCACCAUCAGCUCCACCUGGAGACCAGAAGAAGGAGCUCCCUGGAGCAAGAGGUGACUCUCUUGAGGGAGGAGAAUGAGACUCUUAACUCAUCACUAAGCAUGAAGGAAGAGGAGAUGCAUAAGCUGAAAGCAAGCUUCAUGGGAAUCAGGGAUGAGAGAGAUAAACUCAGGAAAAAGGUUAGAGAGCUUCAAAGCAUACUCCAUGCCAACAACCAGAAACUUGGUGGAUACACCUCAUCAUCCUCCGCAGAACAACUCAACUCACCCAACCCUCGACACUCGCCCAGAAACUCACCCGGUCCUUCACCAUCUCAAUCCGCCCACAAUGUCAACCCCAGCACCGGCGAGCUUAGCCUGACCGGGAGUGACCGCAGGACGGACAUACCUGUUGCAAAAGUAGCAGAGCGGGUCAGGUUAAAGCCCUCAAGAUCGGCCAGUAGUAGUAGCAAGAGUAGCAGUGACCGCUGUGUCCUGGGGUCGGAUAUCAGUAAUAUAGGGAUCACAAAUCCCAAGGUAGCUGAGCACCUGGCCCAGACCUUACAAUCCUGCUCCAGUAUGCAAGAGAUCCUCCAAACCUUAUCAUCCUACGGCCUCUCCAUCCCAGAGCAUAAGGCUCGCGAGAUAGAGGUAGACUUGGAAAGACUUACCAGUAAAAUUGAACACUUGAGGUGCCAGAACGAUGUUCUGCAGCUUUCGCUUGAAGAAAGCAAGUCCAAUGCUGACAGGCUGACCAUGCUGGUUGGCAAGUAUGAGUCAAACAACACAGCAUUGCAGUUAGCGGUCAACUACAGCGAGCAAACCAUUGAAGCUCUGGAAGUUGUCUUUGCAUUGAAGGAGAGUGAGCAGUCCGUGCUUCUAGCUAAUUGCAAAGCUGCAGGAGUAGGUCUAGAAAGCUCAGAAGGAUCCGGGGAAGACUCAGAGGAGACCACUUCAAUGUUGAAACGCGUCCAUGACAAUCGUAAAGUAUCCGAGAAUGUUGCGAAGGCCUUGUUGCAGAGAUUGGACAGAAGUUGUGGUACGAUGGUAUGCCAUGUUCCAUUACAACCCUGGGAAGAUCUCUCAUCACACAGUCACACAAGCACCACAAGUUCAACAGCAAGCAGCUGCGAUACUGAGUUCUCAAGAGAGGACGAGCAGCGUCUUCGUGAUUACAUCCAGCAGCUGAAGAAUGACAGGGCGGCAGUCAGGCUGACUGUCAUGGAGUUAGAAUCAGUUCAUGUGGAUCCCAUGAGCCAGGAAUCAACUCCCAGUGGAGACAGCCAGAGACUGGACCUAGAGAAUGCAGUACUCAUGCAGGAACUCACAGCUCUCAAGGAGGAGAAGGCGGAGCUUAAAGCACAGUACUACCUCCUGGACAAGGAGAAGAAGACCCUGGAGCUGAAGCUGAGUUCCAGAGAAGCUCAGGAGCAGGCAUACAGGGUUCAGAUAGAUCAUCUCAAAUCAGAGGUAAAAGAUUCUCUGAGUUCACCGUGGGAGGAGCAGUCAUCAUCACUAGGAAGGCAUAGGAUAGAUGUCAUGAUGAGGAACGGAAAGGUGGAGACUGAUCACCACUCACGGCAGGGUUCAACCAGCAGCAGUGGUGGAGGACCUGGAGGUGGAGGAGGGUCAGGAGGUACCACUCCAGCCAUCACGCUGGCUGAGCUGAGCAUGCUAGAGGAUCCAUCCCUCCAGGUCAAUGCUGCUGAGAUGCUCCGGAGGGAGAAACGUCUCAAGGCUCGCAUCCAGGAACUGGUUAUGACCCUGGAGAAGCUACAGAAGAACUCUGAGAUGAGACACCAACAGUCAGCUGAGUUUGUGGCUGACCUCAAGAGAGCCAACAGUGCUUUGGUGACAGCGUAUGAGAAAGCUAAGAAGAAACAUCAGAGUAGACUGAAGAAGUUAGAAGCUCAGAUGAUGGCCAUGGUUGAGAGACAUGAUACACAGGUGCGCAUGUUAAAGCAAAGGAUAGCACUAUUAGAGGAAGAGAAUCACGCAUCUAGACCGCCCCAUAACGAGACAUCAUUAUGAGAUACAUGGACCCUCUCUAGCUGACCCAAAUUAGACUCU